AUGCUGAGAAAUUAUUUGACAACUAUUCCUUACACCAAAUUUGUAUUAAUAGAAGAUUCUGUACAUGCAAGAGGCAAACCAGUUUUAGAUUUUCUGUUAAAAACACACACACAAAGACCGAAGAAUAAAAUUCAUUACUUCGUGUUUCAAGAACCUUUUGGUAGAGCUAAAAAUAGGCUAGAACAUAAUAGUCUAGUUUUAUAUGACUGUGUUAGUGAUAAAUUGGGAUGGAGCAAUGAAGCAAAAAUAAAUGAUUUGGAAAGCCUUAUUAAAGCUGUGGCAAGCAAUGAUGUUAUUUUUAUUGAUUCCUUAGAUCAUGUAAUGUAUGAAUAUGGUCUUGCAGAAACUUACAGGAUUUUGAAUAUUUUGAAAAAUCAAAUAGGUGUACAACAAAUUGCUACUAUAUUACACCAGGACUUGAUAGAAGAUAAACUAAGAAUUCACCAAUUGUUAGAACAUUUGAGUACACUUACUUUAAGUUUGCAACCUAAAGAAGAUGCAGACAAGGGACGAGUUAUUUAUACUUAUAAAAAAUUAGGAGGAAAAGUUGUUAAACAGGUGGAGGAAUUUUGGUUUGAAGGAGAAAACCUAGUAACACAAAAAGUAGACAAGGUUGAUCCAAAGCAGAUCAUAGAAAAGGCUUUAGCUGUAGAUAUUAAUCCAGAAACAUUGUCUACCUUUAAAAUUGGGCUCAGUGAUGCUGAUAAGAAAUCGAGGGAUGGAUUAAUUUUGCCUUAUUUACCAAGACAAGAAAAUCAAGAGAACGUUGAAAAUGGAAGAAUAUUUUAUGAAUUUGAUGCAGUUGAUGACUGGGAUGAGGAGGAUCCUGAUGAUGAUUUAGAUAUAUAA